AUGAACACAAGCAUUUUCGAGGGCAGUCGACCGCUCAUACAAGUGGGCGACCCGGAGAUCAUCAAACAGGUAUUGGUCGAGGAUUUCCGGCUGUUCAACACCAAAAUCCGUAUCGCAAACGUUGGUCACCCUAUCAUCGACCGUAUGCUGGUGUCAGUGCGGGGCGAACAGUGGCGCCGUAUGCGGUCAGCCGUACAGCCGGCGUUCACCACCGCUCGCACGCGUCGCCACUACCCUCUGGUCAGGCAAUGUGUGGCCCAACAGUUGGUCAGUGUGUUGGAGGGGUACGCCCGGGAGGGCCGCCCCUGCGAUCUCAAGCGUACGUUUGGCUGCUAUUCGCUGAGCGUUAUAAACCGCACCGCUUUCGGUAUCGCCACUGACCCCCACAGUGAGCCCCGACACCCGUUCGUACGCACGGCGUGGCCGUUGAUUGUGCUCCCGGUGUGGAAGUUGUUGGCCCUACAGGUGCUGCCGGAACGGGUGUUGAACGCUAUUGGCCUGAAGUCUAUUUUUAAUGAGAAAACUAUCGAUAAUAUAUGCCAUAAUUUGAAGGGUGUGUUGAAAACGAGGCAACAUUUGGUGGAGAAUAGUACUGAUUUUUUGGGAGUUUUUAUGCGAUCAAAACUCGGUCCAAACGAACCCGAGCCUAAUGAUGAUAUUGACGGAGAAAAUAGUCUCGAAAUGAAAGAGAAAACGUUUGACAACAAUAUGUCGGACAACAAGAAGUUGACUGAAGAGGAGAUUCUCGCGCAG